GAAAGUACUUGUAGGAAUAUAUAGAGGAGCAUUCACAAGAGUAUAUAGAGAAGCGAGAAUAUACAGAGAAGUGAAAAUAUACAGAAGAGUAUUCACAAAAAUAUAUAAAGGAGCAGAAACAUACAAGAAAGCAUUUAUAGGAAUAUACAGAAAAGUACUUACUAAAACUUAUAGAGAAGCAAAAAUAUAUAGAGAAGCAUUCACAAAAAUAUACGAGAGAGUACUCAUAGGAACUCACAAAAAAAUAUUUAAAACACUCAAAAAAAUAUACUAUAGAGUAUUCAGAAGAAUAUACAGUAGAGCACUUAGAAAAAUAUAUAGUAGAGUAUUUAGAACAUAUGAUAAAGCACUUGGAAGAAUAUAUGGUGGAGCUACUUAG